AUGCCAGAAACAUCCAACGGCGCCGCGUGCGAUUCGCAAGCGGAGCACCCGAGCAUUCCCCUCGUCGAUCUGGACGGUCUCAGAAGCGCGCAAGCGCAAACAGCGCGGCAGGCGGGCAAAGCGCUAGUCGACGCAUUCAAGACUUUCGGCUUCGCGUAUGUCAGAAAUCAUGGGCUGCCGCAGGACACCGUGGACGCCGCGUUCCAGUGGAGCGCCAAGUUCUUCUCGUUGCCCCAGGCAGAGAAGGAAAAAGCACCGCAUCCCCCAGAGGGAUGGUGGCACCGGGGGUACUCGGGCUUAGGCCGAGAAAAGGUCACGCAAAUGGUGUUUGACGCCGACGAAAUCAGCGAGCGUCGCAAGAUCCCCGACUUCAAGGAAUCAUACGAGAUUGGCCGCGAGGAUGAUGAUCAUCUCCCCAACAUUUGGAUUCCCGACGAGUUGCUACCCGGCUUUCGGGCGUUUUUCAACAGCUUCUACGAGGACUGUUACCAGCUGGAACUCCACCUGCUCCGGGGAAUGGCGCUGGGAAUGGGAUUAGACGAGGCCUUUUUCCAGGGGUACCACGUGAACAAGGACAACCAGAUUCGGCUCCUCCAUUAUCCACCGGCCGAGGAAAAGUUGCUUCGCGCGGGAAAGGUCGAGCGGUUGGGUGCGCACACUGAUUUUGGGUCCAUGACAUUGCUCUUCCAGGACGAGGUUGGAGGGCUGGAGGUAGAAGAUCCUAACGAAGCGGGACAUUUCGUCCCAGUGCCGUAUAUACCUAGGACGAUCGUCGUCAACAUUGGCGACUUCAUGCAGCGGUGGAGCAACGACACGCUCAGGUCGACGAUGCAUCGUGUCCGGGCGCCGCCGCUGGAAACGGAUGUGAGCGGCAGUCGAGUCACACGGGCGCGUUAUUCCAUCCCGUACUUCAUCGGCGCCGACUCAGAAAAGACUGUUGAUUGCGUUCCUGGCUGUUUUGGGCCCGAGCGACCCAAGAAGUAUGACCCGAUCAACAGCCGGGAGUACAUCGAGAUGCGCCUGAAUGCAACGUACUGA